GUUCACCCAGAAGAGAUGGUCCGACGACACAGCUCGACAGACCAUCUCUUCCCAGAAGGAGUACACGGCGUUAACGUUUUCGCAGUACCGGAAAGGAAGGGCAGGAGACGGCUCAUCACCGAACCGCACCUAAACGCGUGCCUCCAGACGAGCGACAUGCCGAAAGUCCAGUACCCAACGCGCCUAGAGCGAAGGCAGAGUUUGCGGAACAAGCGGUACAUGCUUCAAGUGGAUUUCGAAGCGUACUAUGACGCCACCCCGCUCCCUGGUGAGUUGCGAAACUUCUUUGUCUUUCGCGCCCGCAACGGCGCCUACUUCCGUCUCUGCACACUGCCUACAGAAGCACGGUGGAGUGUCGCAGUGGGUCAGGGUAUUACGUCAACAAUAGUCGACGUCGAUACACCAGUAACGAUCAUGACUAUGAUUGUCAAUAUCUUGAUUGCAGCGGACGAAGGACAGGAAGAGGACUUUUUGUCGGCUGUCCGCAGGAUUGUGGCGCGUGUACGCGGCGCCAACCUUCUCACAUCGCCUGAUCGCGAAUCCUUAGCAACCAUGGACGACACGUCAUUGUUGUCGUUGGCUAAGGAACCGAACACGGUCUUUCUCGGGGAAGAGUAUAGGUGGAACGGUAGCGAGCGCUUAGUGCGCAACUCGGCGAAGAGUGUGGCGAAGUUGAUCGUCGCGUUACGAAAGCCCGCCUUCACAAUUCGGUCCUUUGCGUCGGUGGUGUCGCUCAUGUUUUACAUGUUGCACACCACACUGAUCAACCCUGCACGUGCAUUCAGCCUGGCACGGGCCUACCGAGGGGCGGCCCGCCUGGUUAGCCGAGGGUUCGAUUGGGACGACCCACUCCCUUUCCUCCAUCCACAAAUCCACGCCGCCCUGCACGAGCUUUGGGCCCGCUUGGUGCAUAACCCGUGGCAACCCAUCGCCAGGGAACGCUCCGCCACGUACUCGGAAGACGACUACGACGUGGUGUGCUUCACGGACGCCUCCUUAGGCGGGUGGGGCGCGUACGCCCACAAACACCUGCGCAACACGUCAAGGGAGACAGUCUCCGUCGGGCCACUCGAUGGCGCUGAGAGCAUCACCGCAUAUCAGCAGAUGUGGGAGAAUAAGCUAGAAGAGAACGUGAUUACCACGCGCACGCGAGCCCUUCCGGGGCCGCGGCUCCGCGGAAACCGACGAUCGACCGUAUUUCAUGGCCAAGCAUUCGGCGCACGCUGA